AUUGCUCAAAAUAUUUAUUUAAAAUAAACUCAGCCUCUUUCGUGAGAAUUCCUUAAAAAAAUUUCAGUGAUUUUUGAAACUAGGCACUUGUGGAAAGUAAGGUGGCCGCCUGCAGGCGCUGGCUUCACAUCAAAACCCUUCCACCGUCAGACCAGCAAAGUGACAGACCAUACAUAAUCUUGAUUUUUUUGUGCAAAUUUUGUUUGCGAAGUGAUCGAACCGAUUUUGCCUAGAACACGAAGUUUAAAUACUAUCUCUUUGGCAAGUGAUCCACCAUGUCCUUGAAUCCUGAAUCAGAUACCAGCAGCACCCCGACUAUCACUGGCAGCGCACAACGUCGUGGUGCUGUUGGAGUGCUCGAUGGCAUGAAGCGCAUGUUGGCCGAGGGAGAGUUCAGCGAUGUGCAGUUUGAAGUCGGACGCCUGUUUGGCCCAGUAAAAAAGUUCCGCGCGCACAAGAACAUUCUGAGCAGAAGAUCCGAAGUGUUCUACACCAUGAUUCGUAAAAGUGUGGCUUACACCAUGAUUCGUAACGGUGUGCCCGAAACUUGUCCGCUGGUUAUUCCCGUCCCAGACACUCCUCCCGAGGCCUUCGCUAAUCUGCUCUGUUAUGUGUACACUGAUUUGGUGGAAGGCAUCAACGCAGACAACGUCUUCCCUACACUGCACUGUGCUGACAAAUUCGGCCAACCGUUGGUGCCCGGAUUUCGAUGCGAUUGUGGAGAAGUGCUUGGAUGUCGUUGCGGCAUCCAGCGAGCUCCUUCUGCCAUCGGAGCAGUUUAGCAGCAUCGGACACAAGAGCCUUCUGAUGAUUCUCGAGCGUGUAGCGCUGUCCGCAGACGAUAACGCCGUGUACGCGGCCGUGAACACGUGGGCGCUGAAGACUUGUGAAAAACGCAACUUGGAACCGUCCGCCGCCAACCGACACGAAGUGCUGGGACCGCUGCUGCUCCUGGUCCACUUACCUGACGCUGAAUCACCAGCUGACCCGAUUGAGGGUGAACCUGUGCGGCCCAUCAAGUUACCACCAAACCCGCGCCGUGAUCUCCAGCACCGCAUCGGCCCCGACGUGUACCGGCAUCGCGAAGCGGUCUUCGCACCCAGCUGCAGCGGAUACUGGAGUCCCGGGGAAGUGGUGGACACGCUGGAAAGGGGAGUUGUCAUCGAGUGGUGCCGAUACGGACACAUGUCCAGUACAGAACAGGGGCACGUUGCGCGGGCGGCGGAUAUUCUGCAGCGGGGUCAGCGGGUGCAUUGCUGGGGGGACAUGGACCCGUACCGCUAUUGUAUGCGACGCAGUGGCAAGCAUUGGGUGGAGGGCAUGGACGGCCGUGAAACUUCCGGCGUAUCUGUACACCGCACCGCUACACGCGGGCGGUACGGCUCGCUUUCCAUCAUAAUGCGGGCCGCAUCGGACGGGCUGACAGCCAGCCAGUGAAUGGACGUUGGUCUAAACACGUACGGAACUGCAGUCACAGGUGGGUGCCCAGGUCGCAAUCCUGCGAAAUGGGAGUCACCAUAUGUGACAGCGGUUUGCUUGAAUGGUCUGCUUCCGGUGCAAGCAUCAGCACAUCCCUGGGACCCUGCGACUCCGCACUCCGCAGCACUUAUUCUCUGGUUGAAUUGCAUCUCAUCUCAUUAUCUUCGACAAGUUCUGUCUUCAGCAGAGGACAUCCUGCCUCCUUGCAGCUGACAAUCAACUCUUCUUUCACUGACUUUCAGUCAGUACGAAAUUGAGUUGAUCUUUCUUGAUAAGUGAUUCUACCAUGUGCCUGAACCCGCCACCGGAGACCAGUGAAGCUCCUGCCAUUACUGUCAGCGCUGAACGCCGUGGCGCAGUUGGAGUGCUGGAUCGCAUGAAGCGCAUGUUGGCCAGCGGAGAACUGAGCGAUGUGCAGUUUGCAGUUGGACGCGAAUUUGGUCCCGUGAAAAUAUUCCCCGCUCACAAGAGUAUUUUGUGCAACAGCAGUGAUGUGUUUUACUCGAUGAUCUGCAAGAGCGUGGCUGAAACUUGUCCUCUGAUUAUUCAGUUCCCAGAUAUUCCUUCCGAAGCCUUCGCGAAUUUGCUCAGUUAUAUUUACACUGAUUCGGUGGAAGGCGUCAACGCAGACAACGUCUUCCCCAUUCUGCACUGCGCUGACAAAUUUGGUUUGCCUUUACUGGCGGAUACCUGCUGCGACUAUAUCAUCCAGCAUUUGAACACCGAGAACUGCCUGACCACGCUGGAAAAUGCCAGCCGUUGGAGCCCUGAUCUCGACAGGAUCGUGGAGAAAUGCCUGGAUAUCGUCGACGCAUCGAGCGCUGUUAUUAUGGGUUCGGAGCAAUUCGGUUGUAUUGGACACGACUGCCUGCAGAUGAUUCUGCAGCGCUCCACUCUGUCCGCCGACGAGAAUACUGUGUACAUUGCAGUUGACAAUUGGGCAGAGAAGAAGUGUCUGGAACGCAACUUAGAACCGUCCGCCGCCAAUCGACGUGAAGUGCUCGGUGCUGCGCUUUUCCUCAUCCGUUUUCCGGUAUUAACUGAUGUCCAGCUCGCUUUUGGGCCGAUCCAGAGUGGGCUGCUGUUGCCAACGGAACUGCGUGACAUCUUUCUGCACAAACACGGACCCCAACCGGCCGCACUCCCAUUCCCGACGGAGCCGCGAAGUUUCAUCCAGCACCGCAUCGGUCAGUACGUGUACAAACACCGGGAAGCCGUGUUCGCUCAAACCUGCACCGGUGACUGGAUUCCUGGGGAAGUGCUGCAGACCGUGGGCGGCGAAGUUGUUACCCAGUUGUGCCGACAGGGAGACACGCGGGUCACCAAAAAGCAUCGGCAAAUUGUGUGUGCUGCGGACAUCCUUCAGCGUGGCCAGCGGGUGCAGUGCUUGCGGGGCGCGGCUACAUACUGUAUACGGCGCGGUGGUAAACACGUGGUGGAGGUCGAGGGCCGGGAGGUGGCGCUUGAGUUUGCCGAUCUGAUGAUUCCCGAGAAGGUGUUCCUGGAGUGGUAUGCGGCCAACUGGAGGUUCCUUGAGUACAUCAUCUAAUCUGAGAUACCGAGAUAGUCACCGCCACAAGUCAAGUUGUGUUUUUAUUAAACGCACUUUUGUUGGCGUUUCUUCACGUACGCAUUACGAACAUUAGAUGGGCGCGCCGACAGCCUGGCGCAGAUGAAACUGCUUGUAUCUGGUAUAGGAGUGUAAAUAUCGGUUUAACUGCUAUG